AUGGCAAAGGUUACUGCAUCGCAGGUGUUGUGGUAUGUGCCCAACCAGAUUGGGUACAUGCGGGUGUUCACGGCAAUUUUGUCGUUUUUCCUGAUGGCUAAACAUCCCAUUUGGACGACGUGGAUAUACGGGAUCUCGUGUCUGCUCGACGCGCUGGACGGAACAAUGGCGCGCAAGUACAACCAGACCAGCGGGUUCGGCGCGGUCCUGGACAUGGUCACGGACCGGUCCACGACGAGUUCGCUGAUCUGCUUCCUGUGCGUACUGUUCCCCCGGUACGCGCCCGUGUUCCAGCUGCUGAUCUCGCUGGACCUGUCGAGCCACUACCUGCACAUGUACGCGACGCUGAGCACGGGUGGCGCGUCGCACAAGACCAUCGAGAAGGAGCAAUGGCUGCUGUACAUGUACUACAGCCGUCGGUGGGUGCUGUUCACGGUGUGCGCGUUCAACGAGCUGUUCUACCUGGCGUUGUACCUGUACGGAUUCCCCCAGCUGAAGCACUUCGACGUGCCCCUGUGGGGGCGCGCGCACAUCGGCGGCGUGAUGGCGGCGGUGUGCCUGCCGGGGUACGUGUUUAAGCAGGUGGCGAACGUAAUACAGCUGAAGCGCGCGGCGCUGCUGCUGGCGUCGAAAGACGCGGAGGCGGCGAGCGAGAAGCGCGCGUGA